AUGGUGAUUAUUAUUAUUAUUUUUUUUUGUACGGCUGGGUCAAAAACCAAGGUGAGGCAUUGGGCCUCCUUGCAACGGCCCAUGGCGGCACACGGCUCUCACAGCUGUGCGUCCCGCCACCUGGUCUGCCGGCGGCGGAAAAUGGUGUGCGCCCAGCACGGCACAGGCGUUGGGGUUCUUCUGCAUGGCGGGGGGUCGAGGGAGCUCACGUUCGACGGGGUGAGGACGGUGACGGUGCACUCAGUUGUGCGGAUCUCUGCAACUGCGAGGGAUCGCCCUGGAGCGCGGAUCCGCGGCGUCUGCGAUGCCGUUGACGAGCCCCAGAACAGCGGGAUGGGCCGUUUUUGUCCAGGCGAUUGA